UCCCUCAGUUGUUACUCUUCCUCUUCCUCUUCUUCCUUUUGCCUCACAAAAAUCCACCUCAACCAUAGAAUCUUCCCUAACUCUAUUUCAACCUCAAAGUUGAACCCCAAAUUUGGACCGGACCCUAGCCAAGGUGCGACUUGCCACCUCGUUUGUCGGCCUCCACAACGAAGCCACAGUCUUGACUUGCCACCUCCAUUGUCGACUUCCACCACAAAGCCACGGCACCUUCCUCGUUGAUCCCCACUUUGGAUUACACAAGUGGUCUAGAGCUCACAUGGAUGGACGUCGAUACAAUGUAAUGACAACAAAUAUUGCAGAGUCAAUCAACUCAGUCCUUCGGUUCGCAAGGAUGCUACCAGUGGUGCAUUUGAUUGAUGAAAUCAUCAAUCUGCUUGUGAAAUGGUUCAGUAAACGUCUUGAUUUUGAUUUGAAAUGUACAUCAACAUUGUGCCCUGACUUUGGGGAGAAGAAGUUGAGACGCAGGUUAGAAUGUGCUUCAAGGAUGAAUGUCGUGAAACUGAAUCACGUAGAGUAUAAUGUUGUGGAUGGUGAUAUGGAUGGCCAAGUACAUUUGAUGAAUAACACUUGCAGUUGUAGGAAGUUUCAGCUUGAGCAACUACCUUGCAAGCAUGUAGUUGCAGUUUGUCGUUUCUUGAAACUAAAUGUAUACUCCAUGGCUUCUCGUUAUUACACUCAAAAUACAUGGUUGGAUGCUUAUUCAGGUAACAUCUACCUGGUACAGCCUCAAGAGCUGUGGAUUAUUCUUGAAGAUGUCCAAAGUAGAGUUGUGCGUCCUCCUAAUGCAAAGGUCAUGCCAGGUCGACGAAAGAAGCUAAGGAUUCUGUCACAAGGAGAGGAUAUCCUAAGGAGAAAAUGCUCAAGGUGCAGUGGCACAUGCCACAAUAAAAGCACUUGUAAAAACAAUGUUCCACUACCUCAUGUUGGACAUACAUUAUGAAUUGUGUUGGUUUGUUAUGGAGUGUGAAUUUGAAUUGUAUUUGUAUUGGGUUUGGUGUUCUGUGGAUUGUGAAUUUGUUAAAUUUUCAUAAUUCGGUAUGUAUUGCGUAUUCUAUGUGCUACAUUGUUGUUAAAAUCUGUCAUUUUUGGGCCUA